AUGAUGGGGAACAGAUUUUUAUUGACCGUAAAGAAGUAUUGCAGUCACAGUGUUUAGUCUAUUGCGGUCGUUCAGUUCAAUGGGCAGUGAACCACGGAAAGAUACGAUACGGGUAUAUACGACUUAACAAGCGCUAACUAUGAGCGGAGGUUACGACGUGGAGUACUUCGUGGACAGUCCAGGCCACGAUCUGAUCUGUCCGAUAUGCCAAGGGGUUCUACGGUGCCCAGUCCGAGUGGGGUGCCACCACAUCUUUUGCAAAAAGUGCAUUUUGCAGUGGCUGAGGAGGAAGGAGUCGUGUCCGUGCUGCCGGAAGCCAAUCAGACGCAACCUGAUAUUUCUGAUGUUCAAACUGAGUAAAUCCAUUGGACGCUUGAAGGUUAAGGUAGGCAGCACAGUGGCAGUGCAGAAAUGCAGCCCUUGGCUGCCCAGCCACCUUCCCCCUCGCUCAGCAGUACUCUCACAGCACCCAGUGCCUGUUUGAGGUGGUGCCCUGCCCCCAGCAGGGCUGCGGGGCCCAGGUGCGGCGUGGGGAACUGCAGGCGCAUGCAGAGCUCUGUGAACACCAGUGCCGGCCCUGCCCUAUGGGCUGUGGCAGCGUACUGUCACAG